AUGAAGAACUCGACAUGGGGGGCAUAUAAAGAGGAAGUCAACGGGAGGAGGGGUUCUUCUUCCAUGGGCGGCGGCUUUCAGACGAUCAAGAAGGUGGUCAGCAAGGUGGACAUCGCGAGGAGCAGCAGCAGGACGAACCUCUCCGUGACCAGCGCGAGCCCCGACGAGAUGUUGUGAGCGUUGACUGUGAAGACCUCUCCUGUUCGAUCGUCCUGCACUCUGAUGCUCGAAGAACCUGCAGGCAGCCGCGGAUCAUCAUCAGACUAAUUUAUCCUUAAUUGUCUGUUCAUGGGCAGAGAUUUUCCUUUAAAAUUUCCUGGUUUUCCCAUUUUCCAAAUAAAGAGCGACAAAUGAUCGCUACCCACGGGGAAAAUAAAUGCCGGGAGGCACAGACUUUUCCCGUUAAGUGCUCUAUUAUUUUAUUUAUAAAAUAUAAAAAAGAGGAAAUAAAAAAAUAA